AUGGCGCAAGACCCUCGAGCUCUCCUCCAGAAGGCUCAAAAGCAGCUUCAAAGCGCCGGUGGCGGCUUCAGCUUCUUUGGUGGACGAGAGGACAAGUACCAAGAAGCUGCCGAUCUCUUCACCCAGGCCGCCAAUGCCUUCAAGAUGCAACAACAGAACCUCGAGGCCGGAAAGGCUUUCGAACAGGCCGCGCAAGUUCAGACCGAUAAGCUCAAGGAGCCCGAUGAUGCUGCCAACACUCUCGUCGACGCCUUCAAGGCCUACCGCAAGGACGAUCCUCAGGCUGCCGCGCGAUGCUUGAACAUUGCUGUGGAUCGAUACUGCGCAAAGGGUAACUUCCGCCGCGCAGCUUCUCACAAGGAGAACCUUGGUGAGCUGUACGAGGUGGAUCUUGGCGAUGCGAAGAGCGCGGUUGAAAGCUACGAACUCGCUGCCACUUGGUACGAGGGCGAUAACGCAGCUGCUCUUGCCAACAAGCUGUGGUUGAAGGUCGCCGACGUGGCUGCCCUUGAGGGCGACUACUACAAGGCCAUCGAGAAGUACGAGAAGGUGGCUGAGCAAUCAAUCAACAACAACCUCAUGAAGUACAGCGUCAAGGACUACCUUCUCAAGGCAGGCAUCUGUCACCUCGCCAGUGGCGAUCUUGUCGCUGCCCAGCGUGCCCUCGAGAAGUACCGCGAUAUGGACCCAUCAUUCGGCGCCCAACGAGAGCACCAGCUCCUAUGUGACUUGUGCGAGGCUAUCGAGGCCAAGAGUCAAGACCAGUUCACCGACAGAUUGUACCAAUUCGACCAGAUUAGCAAGUUGGAUAAGUGGAAGACGACGAUCUUGGUCCGUGUGAAGAACCAAAUUGAGGAGGCCGAUGAUGAGUUUGCGUAA